AUGUCGUCUCGAAAUAGACCAUCAGCCCCCAUCCAGCGGCAGACGGAAACAACUCCACCACUGCUAAACGCCCCCAUCACCUCAACCACUUCACACGUUGCAGAGCGACUCUUUACUAGCAAGGAAGUGCCACCAUGGUACAGCGAACCUUUUAUCUACACGGGGUAUCGCCCCAUCAAUUAUUCGGUUGAUUUCUGCCUACGAAGUCUCGCGUACCUGCACAAUGAAACCGUCAAUAUCUUCUCUCAUCUCAUCCCGGGUUUCAUAGCCCUCAUCCUUAUCAGCAUCAUCCCACGGUAUUUCGAUGAACAUUUCCCCGACGCCAGUUGGAAAGAUAUUGUGGUUGUUCAGAUAUACUUAGCCACCUCAGCUAUCUGUUUCACUAUCUCUGCCCUAUAUCACACCCUCCUCUGCCACUCGGAGUGGUAUCAUGGCCUCUGGGUGCGAUUUGACUACACCGCAAUCCUCUUCCAGAUGUUGGGUUCGUUCGUCUCCGGAAUUUACAUUGGCUUCUACUGCGAGCCCAACUUGCAGAAACUGUACUGGUCGAUGAUCGGUGGCUUGUCAUUGCUCUCGGCAGUCAUUGUGCUCAACCCGAAAUAUCAGAGCCGAAAAUGGCGGCCUCUGAGAGUUUCGAGUUUCGUCGCGACUGGCUUCUCCGCCUUUGCCCCCAUCAUCCAUGCAGCUCUCAUUUUUCCAUAUCAUCAGCUUGAUCAGCAGGCGGGACUGCGGUAUUACUACGUCGAGGGUGCUUUGGUCCUGAUUGGGACUGUCCACUAUAUGUCACACUUUCCCGAAUCGUGGAAGCCUGGGAAAUUUGAUAUCUGGGGGGCUUCACACCAAAUUUUUCACAUUUUCGUGGUGCUCUCCGCUGUUGUUCACUUCUACGGAAUUUUGUCUGCAUUCAGAUGGAACUAUGAGAAUCCCAGGUGUCCGGUGGGUAGUCAGGGUGUCAGUUUUGGAUAA